CCUUUCAUUGUAGAUUUGAGAAAUAAUUUUAACUUGCUUUGUUUAUCACAAAAAUUUAAGUUUUUCGAGUUUCAUGGCUUCUCAAAAUAUAGACCCUUCGUCUACUAACAGUAGCACAAGCAAACAACGCGGGAAAAGCAAUGUUUUGCCUGGUGGAUUACAUUCUGUUACACAAAGAUUACAGCAAGAUUUGAUGACUCUAAUGAGUAGUGGAGAGAAAUUUGUGUCCGCUUUUCCUGAUGGUGACAACCUGUUUCGAUGGAAGGCAACAAUUAGCGGUGCAGAAGACACGGCUUAUGCAGGCCUUGACUACAAACUGGAAAUAGAAUUUCCGGAUCGGUAUCCUUUUGUUCCACCAAAAGUAAAGUUCAUUACCCCAUGCUACCAUCCAAAUGUUGAUAACCAAGGAGCAAUAUGUCUUGAUAUACUGAAGGAUAAGUGGUCUGCGCUUAUGGAUGUCAGAACAGUUCUACUAUCAAUCCAACUAUUGCUUUCAGAACCAAAUAACAAAGAUCCACUAAACCCUGAAGCAGCAAAGCUGUGGGAAAAUAAAACAGAAUUCGGUGAAAUGGUUGAAAAAAAGUACAGAGAGCAAGUUGGCAAAUUUGAAUAAAUUGUACAUGUGUUUAUGUGGCUCUGUUCACCAUUGGGUGUAAAUAUUAAUAUCAGAUGAAGAAAUACCAAUUUCUUCAAUAUACAGUGUAAAUUAUGAAGGAAAACAUGCAGAACACAAGCAAUGGAGCAAGAUUGUAACGUAUGAGCCCACAACAUAUGCCAUUUAUUACAAUUUAUGUUUAAAAUAAUUAGAAUAUGUAAUAUGAAUAUUUACAAAAAACUUUCAAAAAUAUGUAAUCACCCCUUAAGCACACCAUCUAAACUGACAAAUGCGCAUGCACCAAGUCCCGACCUUGCCAUUAAUUUUAAACACUCGAGAGUUUGCCCAAGACAAAGUUCUAGUUGUGGUUGCCGUGGCUGAUCUUGAGAUUCUAAAUAAAAAUCAAUACAUUUUAUGCUUGGUUAAA